AUGGAAGCUUCGCCUUCAUUGUCAAACAUGCCUCAUGAGAUCAUUCGAAUUAUACUUUUGCAGUUGCCGGUGAAGUGUGUGAUACGAUGCCAGUGCGUAUGUAAACAGUGGCGUUCGUUGAUAGACGACUCGGAUUUCAAGUUCUCGUAUCGUAGACAGCGACGAUUGAUCUUCUUCUCGUUUGAAUCCAUAAGCAAGGAUCGAAAUCGUCGAUGGAUGUGUAAUAUUUACAGAUUCUUUGUUAGAUCUACAAGCCAUGAUCUUCGUCUUCGAAGGCAUAAAUUGCCGUUCGGACAGGGGUUUCCAUUGAUUCGUACAGGCUUGGAUCUUAGUGUUUUGGGUUCUUGCAAUGGGUUUGUGCUUCUUCUGGUGGCUAACAAAGAUAUUUGGUUGUGGAACCCAUCCACCAAGUGUUCGACGAAAGUGCUCGAGUUGCCAUAUCCGGAGAAGUUAGACCCGGUUAUCUUUGCAGCAGGGCUAUGCUACGACUCCUGCACCAGAGAUUACAAGGUUGUCUUAUUACUUCACCGCCACUUAAUACAGUCAAAUCAUGAUUUUAGCGGUCCAUUUGUCAGACAUCUAUUUCUCAUCUCUGCCAGCCUCAACCACAAAGAGUGGCGACCAGUGCAGUUCCCUUGUAACUUGGAUUCUGUUAGAGGCGGCUUUGGCGGCCUUGAGUUUCGCAAUACAUUUCACUGGUGGGCAAGUGACACUAAAGAUUGGGAUUGGGAUAGGGAUUACUUGUCAGGUAGGAAUAGGAUCAUAUAUUUUGAUCCUGUGGGUGAUAAAUUCAGAAUCUUGCCCUUACCCACCUCUGAACCGAGAGAAAACUUCUCGAUAUUUGGGUUGGGGGUUAUAGAUGAUUGUUUUUGCAUGGCGGCAUGCAUGGAUAAAGAGGAACCCAAAACCUUAACCGUAUGGAUUAUGAAGGAGUAUGGAAGACAAGAAUCAUGGAUGAUUGCAUUUGCUCUCCAAAUGCCUCAGGCAUUUGGAGAUAUUUAUUGGAUGUAUGGCUUCACAUUCUAUUCCCAAAAUAAGAAUGCACAAGAAGUAUUAUUCCUGCAUACUGAUGGUUUUCUUGGGCGGAUUAUAUAUGUUUAUGAUCGGGAAAAAGACGAAUUUAAGAUAGAUCUGCUGGACUUCCUACCCUCUACAUUUAGUAUUUGUUUCUAUGUUGAGAGUCUUGAGUGCCCUGACCGGCCACAAUGGAUUUGGAGAGGUGAUGAUGAUGAUGAUGAUGAGAGUGUGCAGAAUAUCAACUGGCCAAGAUGA